AUCUUUUUGUAAUGCAUGGGAAGAUUAAUUCGUACUCAUGAAACAGCUUUAUAUAUUUAAAGACAGUAAUGUAAACGUAAUGUGAAAAAAAGUAAGUGACUGAAUAGAUUGUAGAUAAUCGACGAGAAAGAUAACAGGUUUGAUCAGACUCGAGAAAUUCUCUUACCUGUUAAUUUUUUCUUCUCAUAUAAUAAGAAAUACUUCAUCCAAUUUUGUUAAUGAUAGAGUCGAUAUAAGUGCGUAAUGAUUACUUUCGCGCCGGUUUUAUUAAUUCAUGUGCUUGUAAAUGGGAGGAAACAGGAGCAAGUGGAGAGGAGCAAGUUUCAAAGACCAAGUAUCACGGCCUUCAUGAGCAAGCCCGUGCUGAAGACUCUGGCCGUGGCCUACGGUCUAAUGUUUACCCAGCAAUUCAGCGGCAUUAACGCCAUAAUAUUCUACGGUUUGACGAUCCUCGAGGCAACGGGCGUCGGCAUGGAGUCUCAGCUGGAACUGGUCAUUUUUAGCCUCGUCCAGGUGGUAGCAUGCGUGGCGGCGGCACUGUUGAUCGACAAGGUUAUAUACUUUGAUAGGUUUAUUGUGAUGUCGAAUCAUGGUUCACAGAUUUCGCGAUCUGUAAUUUAUCUAACGGCCGGCUGGCAUUACGGGUGCGAUCGAAACGUUCGCAGUUGGGACGCAAGGUACUCAUGGUGAUCUCCAUGGCGACGAUGAGCGUCUGCAUGUCGGCCUUGGCGGGUUUCUUCGUCCUGAAGAACCAUCAUUCGGAGCUGGCGGAUCAUAUGCACUGGCUGCCACUUACAUCGGUGUGCGUCUACAUACUCGCCUUCUGCUUCGGAGCUGGUUAGUAAUAAUAACCAUGCGCGAUGAAUGAGAAUCGGAUCGAAGCUGCACUUCUAUCGAUCGACCUAUCAAAAAACAUGCUAUAUCCUUCUUAAGAAGAAGAAACUAAGAGUUGUUACAUCACGUAUUUAUUCUUGCUUCUCUUUCAAAAUCUUCAAAGAUUUUGUGACGGUAUGCGUUUAUGCAGCACAUGCGAAAUUGCUUUCUUACAGUUUUUUACGAUAAAUACGUUCAACGUGACUGUUAGCUUAGCAAGAGUCUUAUCGCAAAUGUUCCA